AUACAAGGUAACGCUUAAAUUUAGGGUUUCGAUUUUUAUUCUGGAGAUUUAAGGUUUAAUCGAUAUACAAAAAUAUGUUAUAGUGCGCGCGUCGCGUGUGUGUGAAUGUGAGCAUUUUUCAUCUUACAAGAGGUCAUGUUUGUUCUGCAAUUUUUGGCGCCGAUUUUUUUCGAGUAAAUUCUGUUCAACGAACUUUUUGUUGGUGACUAGAGAACCAAAUUUCAUCGGGUUUGUAUGCUCAUGGGCGACCAGUCCGAUGAGCCGCUUCCUCCAGGAGUACAAUCUCUGCCGUGUUCAUCAUUUGAUUACGCAUCCUCCAUGCCAGGUUCCAAUUCUAGAAGCAGCCUUUUUCCUCUUGGCCUGUCAAAUGCACCAAAAGUGGAUGCUGGUGAAAAAGCAAUUAUGCAGCCUCAUGAGAAUUCCGACAAUUCUAGUGUGCAAUAUGAAAGCUUUAAUGAUAUCGAAGCUGCUGCUCAGACCGCUGUGCUGCAUGAACAGGAAAUAGCCACCCAGAAGAUCUUUCAGAGCCAGAGAGGGUCAAAUAAUGCAAGUGAAAAUUUGGAGGAUAAUAAGGACAUUUUGUCUGGACGCCACGACCCAAAUGCUCUAAAGGAGCAUCUUCUGAAAAUGACCACAAUACAUCGAACAGAAAUGGCCUCAAAACGUGGCAAGCCCACUUCCAUGGAGGAAGGCAAUCUGGAAAUAGGGAAUGGAUAUGGUGUGCCUGGUGGAGGUGCUUAUUAUGGUGCUCCGGUACACAGUGAAAAAAGAGUUAUUGAUGGCAUGAAAACCAGCCAAACAAAUGCUGAGCUCAAUGGCGAGUCUGGACAGAAGUCAGCAUCUAAAGAUUUACCCGAAUAUCUUAAGAAAAAAUUGAGAGCAAGAGGUAUUCUGAAAGAUGACAAAAGUGCAGGAUAUCUGUCAGAGUCAGAAAAUAGAUUGGAAGCUCAAUCAACUCAUGUCAUGACACCUGGAAAUUUGCCCCCUGGAUGGAUUGAAGCUAGGGACCCUGAAAAUGGUGCUGUGUUUUAUCACCAUGCAAGUUCAGGGAAAAGCCAGUGGGAAAAACCUAUUGAAGUGGAGAAACCUAUUGAAGUGGAAAAACCUAUUGAAGUGGCUCCUACUACUGUCUUUGCAACCUCACCUCUUCUCGAGGAUUGGAUAGAGGCAUUUGAUGAUACAACGGGUCAAAAGUAUUAUUAUAACAGGAAGACCAAUGUGUCGCAGUGGGAGCAUCCAGGAGCACAACAGCAGGUGACCCCACAGCGUUACGAGAUGAUGGUCUCCCCUAAUGCAAUGGAUGGAAAUUUGGAAGACAAGUCAUCCACUUUUCCGAGGUGCAUGGGAUGUGGCGGUUGGGGAGUGGGUCUUGUGCAGUCUUGGGGCUAUUGCAAUCACUGCACUCGACUUCACAAUCUUCCACAAAGCCAAUACUUAUCAACCUAUGCAGAAAGCCAUAUCCAACCAAAUAGUGCUGGAAAUCAAGGACACUCGGAGAAGAAGGCCCCCCAACAAAGGUCCGAUGCGAAACCCCCACCUUGGAAAAACUAUAAGAAGGACAGUAAGAAACGUGCAUACAGCGAGGAAGAUGAUCUGGACCCCAUGGAUCCAAGUUCAUAUUCAGAUGCUCCUCGUGGCGGUUGGGUUGUAGGCCUCAAAGGAGUACAGCCAAGAGCAGCAGAUACCACUGCCACGGGCCCUCUUUUCCAGCAGCGGCCUUACCCGUCGCCUGGGGCAGUUUUACGUAAAAAUGCUGAAAUUGCAUCUCAGAAGAAAAAGCACAAUUCUAAUUAUGCUCAAAUAUCCAAGAGAGGGGAUGGGAGUGAUGGUCUUGGUGAGGCUGAUUGAACGAGACUACGUAUCGAUGCCACUUGUCUCUUGUUGAUUGGCGUGAAUGAUGAAAGGGGGACAUGAGCGAUGCAAUGCAUAGUUUUGAUGUUCCCCUUUUCUUGGAGUUGAAGAAUUAGAGGUAUUAUUUUUGUAGGGGUGAAAGUUUCGGCAUCAGAUGCAGAUGAUUUAAAGUCGUUGGUUGGCCAUGUAUAAAGAAAUAUAGGUUUCCCGUCGGGAUGUUCGUUCGGUGAAGACAUACAUGACAUUACUUUUUGUUCAAUAUAAAUGUAUAAUUAACAUUUUUCAAUCAGAGGGUAAAAGAAUAAAGGGUAAAUUGCCUUUAAAUUCAAAA